AUAUGGAUUAACACACUCGAAUAAGUAGUUUUUGCUGAAAAAGUAAUGAAGAUAUGUUUGUUCUCUAUGGACCUGAAUCAAAUUAUAAAUAAAAAUCUCACCUGCUGAAGUCUUCGACAGACAUCACGAGACGCGCACUCAAAACUGCCAGACACUCGCUGUCACUGUCACUCGGUACUCGGGGACGUCUCACUCUCGCCGCCUUCUCCCUCCAUCAAGAGCGCCCGUCCCUUCGCCGCGCGCCCGCGCCAUGGCCGCACCGUGCGGCCGCGGCACGCUGACGCUGUUCCUCGUGUCCCUCUCCGCGGCGUUCCUCACCUACAACGUGCUCGUCUCCUUCCGCUCCUCCCUCCAGCCCCUCCCUUCCUCCUUCCCCACCGCCUCCUCCUCCUCCUCCUCCUCCUCCUCCUCCUCCUCCCGCCGCUUCGGCGCCGCCAGGCGGAGGGCGUUCCACACCGCGGUGACCGCGUCGGGGAACGCGUACAACACGUGGCAAUGCCGCGUCAUGUACCACUGGUUCAAGGAGGCGCGCCGGGCGCCCGGCGGCGCCGAGAUGGGUGGGUUCACCAGGGUCCUGCACUCCGGGAAACCCGACGAGUUCAUGGACGAGAUCCCCACAUUCGUCGCCGACCCACUCCCCGAUGGGGAUCAGGGAUACAUUGUUCUCAAUAGGCCAUGGGCAUUUGUUCAGUGGCUCCAGAAGGCAGACAUAAAGGAAGACUAUAUCUUGAUGGCAGAGCCAGAUCAUAUAAUUGUCAAGCCUAUCCCAAACUUGUCGAGAGAUGGUCAGGCAGCAGCUUUCCAUUUCUUUUAUAUUGAGCCUGAAAAGUAUGAGAAUGUGUUGCGUAAGUUCUUCCCUGAAGACAAGGGGCCAAUCACUAAGAUUGAUCCUAUAGGAAAUUCUCCCGUCAUUAUUGAGAAGGAAUCUCUUGGAAGAAUUGCCCCAACAUGGAUGAAUGUUUCAAUAGCAAUGAAAAAUGAUCCUGAUGCUGAUAAAUCUUUUGGCUGGGUUCUUGAAAUGUAUGCCUAUGCUGUGGCAUCUGCUCUUCAUGGAGUGGGCAACAUCUUACACAAGGAGUUUAUGAUUCAGCCACCUUGGGACUUGGAAGUUGGUGAUGCUUUUAUUAUACAUUAUACUUAUGGGUGUGAUUAUGACAUGAAGGGUAAGUCGACUUAUGGCAAAAUUGGAGAAUGGAGAUUUGACAAGAGAUCUUAUGAUGAUAAACCUCCGCCUAGAAAUUUGCCAUUACCGCCAAAUGGUGUGCCUCAGAGUGUGGUGACGCUUGUGAAAAUGGUCAAUGAAGCAACAGGCAGCAUACCAAACUGGGACUCUUAUGCCGCUAGUUAUUAACCUUUCUACAAAUUUGGCUGACAAUUUAGUUUGCCAGAGAUUUCCAUUCCAGCUGACUUUGAUACAUGAUAAUGAUAAUUGCCAAACAUAGAAGUGAGUGGAUGAUACCGUUGGAUGCAUACAGAUACAGGUUUUUACCCAAGGCUGCCGGCUCCUUACAUUUUCUGCUUGAAUUUUCCUGAGAAUGUCUGGCGCAAUGCCGCAUUUUUUUUUCUUGUCAAGUACAUGCACAUCUGCACAUGACACACUACUCUGUAUGCUAAACAUGCACCUUUGGUGAAAGUUGCAAUGUAGAUGACUGAGAGAUGUUUGUGUGUGUUCUUGUCUGGUUCUGAACGUGCUUUAGGGGAAAAAAGAAAGAUGUCAGGCUCAGGCACUGCUCUUACAGACACACACACAAACCUUCUGUGUACUGGUUUUUCCUGAA